AUGGCAUCCAUGUUAUCCACAACAUUUGCGCCACUACUCUAUCUUCGCCGUCGCUAUCGUCAAGAUUCCGACUGGACGUAUCGACAGGCACUUCUGGUCACCUGGAUGAAGCUCUUCCUACGCUUGUUCGUAGCAGUCCGGACCAAACCACCUUUAUCCCUCAAGCCAGGACUAGAGGGAGACCGCUUUGUGCAGAUCGCACCAGCCCAGACAGAGCUCUAUACGGGGAUCACCCUGGACGACGAAAUCCAACCAACCCCAAUAGGUGGCACUUGGUUCCCGACGCUAUACCAAUACAACACGACAACCAGCCAAGACAAGCAUGUCGUCCUCCACUUCCACGGCGGCUCCUACAUCCUCGGCGACGGCCGCAUAGCAUCGUGCAAAUACCUCGCCGACAGCCUCCUCAACCACACCCCCUCCAGCCACGUCUUCAGCCUCCAAUACCGUCUCGCCUGUAAUCCCCACUGUCGCUUCCCCGCCCAGCUGCAAGAUGCCAUCACCGCCUACUCCUACCUCCUCCACACCCUUCACAUUCCCGCAACCCGCAUCGUCAUCAGCGGCGACAGCGCAGGCGGCCACCUCGCCCUCGCUUUACUCCGUUACAUCUCCGACUAUAACGACGAUGCCGUCCUACCCCCACCCACAUGUAGCUGGCUCUUCUCGCCCUGGUGCGAUAUCCCCGGUGCUCUCAAUCCACGUCUGUGGGACAAUAUCCCCAACGCAAAGACGGAUGAUAUCCCACCUUCGUUCGCGGCAUGGGGAGCCAAGCACACCAUUGGUGGUGUAGAGAUUACUCGUGAGAUGGAGCCGUAUCUUGCGCCGAUUUGGCAUCCUUUCGUACUUCCUUCUUCGGUCUUGGUCGUUUCUGGUGGUAGGGAGGUUAUGUGUCAGGAGCAUGAUCGACUGGUGAGGCAUUUGGCGAAGUUGCCGCAGAAUGAGCACCGGGUGGAGUUUUUUGUGCAGGAUAUCAUCCCGCAUGAUAUUCUGAUGGUUGCUUGGAUUCUGGAUUUUAAAAAAGAUGCUGAUCAGUGUGCUGUCAAGGCUGGGACUUUCUUGACUCAGGUUCUUGGGGCUUCGGAUGAUAGUGAGGUUCCUUGUGUGCCUUUUGAGGAUCAUUGA